AUGAGGCGAUGGCAAACCAUCACAAUAACAUCGUUCGGGUUUUUGAUCUGCGUAUUGUUGGCGAUAGGCGGCGGUGUAAUGUUUUACAUCGGAAUUCACAAAGCUGACCAGAGUAACCACGACAAGGCUUGUAAAAACGAAGCUGAUAAUUCGACUACGGUUACCAUUGGAAAUGUCUUCCACUUUUCGAUAGACCCUGGGGUGCCGUGGCAAGAUUCUUACAACAACCCGGAUGACCCGGGCAGAGCUGCUGUGAUUGCGAGCUUUAAACGAGACAUAUUGUCUUUGUUCGACUCGAAUUCCUUUAUAGUCCAGGAAUUUCCGAAAAUUCUACAAUUUUCGACACUGGCCGUAAAUGCUAGGCUUUUGGCCGUUAUACCCGAUUAUUUGGCGUUAAACUUGCAACGCAAAACACAGUUCUACGGAAGUUUUGUAUUUUCGGGAAACCUCAGCGCGUCUGAUGUGGAGGCGGCGUUGAGAUCAAAGUAUGGACCGACUAUCGUAUCUGAAUCAUCGCACGCUUAUUGCCGAGCGUUGGUCGAUCAGCCAACUCCGGCACCGCCAGCGCUGGGAGACUACCCCUGCGAUCCGCGAUCUCCCUCAAAAACCGUCAUUGUUAUGGUUGACGUCGCAAAACCGAUGGAUCCAACUGUUACUAACGCUGAAAAAUUAGGGGCUGUACGAUCCUACCUGAUGUCACUUUCCCCACCGACCGGUACAAUUUGGGAUGGACUAGAGAUGGCAAUCGGGGUCUACGAGGGUAGCAACGCGUACCUGCUAUCAAAUUGGCCGUGCAGCAGUCAGCAAGAAUGGGACACUGCCAUCUCCCAGUUAAUGCUCAACGAAACCUCGGAAAGUCAUAAUGUCACUAGAGCCCUCGAAUUCAUUCGGGAUGAAUUUUCUAACCCGUUGAUGCAGCUGAAAACCGGCAUGGCGAGGUCGCUGAUAUUGUUGGCUGAUGGAUUUGAAUAUGACAAUGGAUUCGGCGAAAAUCGUAGCCGAGUUCUAGCCGAGGUAGUGGCCGAGACUUUUUACACGGCUGCCGUGCUAGUCAGCAAUGCGAGAGCGACUCGUGCCGUUUUCUCCACAAUUCUGCCAUCCGGCUACAAGCUGAUCAAUAUCGAUUAUUGGUACGAGUUGCGGAUGGGGGACAUCCGAUCGAGGAGCUUGUGGUGGAUUUGCUUGUCUCCUCCACUAUCCACUCCGGCACCAACUAUCUCAACACCGCAUUGGGGCCCAAUAACCCGACAGACAACUCCUCAUUACAGACCCACGAUAUCGCCAACUGCCACGGCAGCUCCAAUUUUACCGCAAGCUUGUGAUGGUCUGCAAUCCCUCUUCCUUGUCGAUAUGUCGCAGAGUAUCGAUGAUGAAUUUGAGAACAUCAUAACGUUCAUCCAAUCGUUCAUGGCGGAAACUCAACAAAUCGAAGGCGCAAGAUUUGGUUAUAUUUCAUUCAACGAAGACGUGCAAGACGAUUCCGGGACCUUUCUAGGCCCCCGGGAUUUCCUUAGUUUCCUAAAUGGCACAAGAUACACUAAUGGCAACUCCUACUAUGCAAUCGGAUUUGAUGCCCUGGAUUCGUUUGCUCCACAUUUCAAUCGCAGCCGGCCUGGACUUGUGGUUUUUAUUACAUCGGAAAACGCAAUCGACAUCAACCCGGGUAAUUUGGCAAAAUUUGGAAAAAUCGUGGAGGGAAUAAGUGCCGCUGGAAUUCAGUUCAUCACGACAUUGGCCUAUCCGACGGUCGACAAAAUCAGCGUCUUGAACGAAAUAAUGCAAUAUGGCAACACGGCUAAUAAUGAGGGCGCAAAAAUCAUUCAAACCGACGAUUACGGCUCGAUUCUCAUGAUGGCGCCGGCAAUCGUUCGAGCUCUGGGCUGUCGAAGGUCAAUCACUGGUAGCUGUUACCUUGACCUUGUUUGGUUGGUGGAGGAUUCAGAAGUGGUUGGCAACGUGAAGGGACAAGAAUACGCACGCGGAGCAAUUUUGGCAUACAUCGAGAGGGUCAAGCAAUAUAUGGGUUCUUCCGGAGAUCGAAUGGGACUGGUGUACUACUCGAACCCGGCUGACGGCCUCCAUGGAGCGACAAACCGUACGGCAAUCGCUUUGGAUUUGGCCGACCCUAGAUCUUAUGAUCCAGCCGCAGCGGCCGAACUCGUCGCCCAUACCAUACCAGAAAAUCCGCCCGGGAUCUAUAGUGAUAUUGCCUUGGGCCUCCAGCUUGCGCAAAAGGCGCUUGCUGCUUCGGACACUCUGAAUGCGCAAGCUAUCGUGAUUUUUGGCAGAGGAACGUAUUACCAGUCAGGGCAGGAUUGCUGUGAAGACCCCUUCACGAUUUCCUCAAAGCUUUUGGGUAAUGGGGUCUUGAUGAAAGGUGCUGUCAUUGGGACUGGCAAAAAUGACACAAUCAUGGCACUCAUUACCGGACAACCAAAUUUUCAGCUGUUGCCGUUUACCCGUAACAACGCCGAGCGAUUGGGCGCGCUGCUCGUGGAACAACUACUCGAUUUUCGUCAACAGGCCGCUGAGCAAGGAAACUGCAUAGUGCCGCCUUUGAAAAAUUUUUGCCAAGAACCUGCGGACGUGGUCUUGAUAAUACAUAUACCGUCCAGUGACAAGGAAGACUUAUUCUACGCCAUGAAAUCUUUCAUAAUCCAAAAGCUGUUGCAAGCGUUCAAAGGGAUGGACUACGGUGGUGCCGAAAAGUUGACGAGGAUGGCGAUACUAACUUACUAUGGUGAAACCGUAACGGUGAUACAAGGGCUGAAGGCCAGCCACAACUUGACAACGGCCAGAUCCGCAAUCGGAAACCUCGAAUUUUUUGACAACGACGUCAUGCGCAGCAACUUGAGCCUGGCUUAUGGGGAGGCCUGGAGACAAUUCAACAAUUCAGGAAAAUCCUACGCUUCCUGGUCAACGAUCGUCAUUACGGAAAUGCUGGACAAGAUGGACGAGGAAGCGGCUCGCAAUGUUUCAGACCCGAUGCUCGCGUCGGGGAUCUACAAUUUUGGGCUAGGGACAGAUAAAAACUUGUCAAACUUUGGUGAUACCAAUGGGAUUUGGCAGAGAUACUUGUUGCUUGGUGAGGGCGAGUUGGGGGACCCAGAUGGGGCGCCGGCCGUCCGGGCGGCUAACCAGUUACGCGACUUCGUGUGCGAACACUCGGCGGGCGAAGGGAAAUCUACGCCCGGCACAACACAAGACGGCCUCACCACACAACCGGGGUUCUUGCCGCAGGGCCUACUUGCCGAUCAAAAUUGGCCGGAUCUCGCGAUUGUGAUUGACGCUUCCGCCGACAGUGUUUUCAAGCGUAGUUUGAAUCGUGCCGGUGCCGCCCCCGAAGACAAGGCCCUGAACGACAAGGGCUUUGAAGUGAUUCGUAUGUUCCUGCUGAACACGCUGCGCUACUUCAAGUUUGAUGCUGCUUCCGCGAUGACGCACGUGGCCCUGUUGACGUUUGAUGGCCAUGCUACGACCCUCUUCAACUUCACCGCCCAUCAAAACUGGGCAUCAAUCUACGAGGCGUUGACCGUAAAUUGGCAAUAUGGGCCCUCGAAUAACCACGUGCCGACGAAGGACAUCGAUCAGGCCAUCCAGAUCUUGUGCGAUCAAGUCUACCAGCCCAGCGCCGGCUAUAUAGUCGGCAAAUCGAAUUACCUUUGGAUAUUCACGACCGGAGAUCAAAAUUUGCAUACGAAUAACGGCGAAUACAAAAACACGCUGCUAACCCUGGCACAGGGCGGCGUCAACAUCUACGCCGUUGGCCUGGGACCGGUGAACUCCACGUUCUUGGCGACAAUGUCAACCGGUUACCGGGUUGUUCCGGAAUUCGCGGAUCCUACUUUUGGCAUGGCCACGCAGCUGGAUUUGCUCGGGCCGUUACUGUUUCAGAUUUCGACGAAUAGACGCCAACAACCGCCGCCGAUUUCAAGCAUGAAAGCCGACGUCGUCUUAGUGAUAGAUGCUGAAAUGACUCCCAUCCAGCUGGGCAAUGUCCAAGAAUUUCUGAGAAGAUUUACGCAGUUCUUCACCGUUGGGCAAGACUACUCGCGUUUUGCCCUGGUGGUUUUCGAUUCCACCGGCGUUCUGCCCCUCUCACAUACCAUGAAUGAGCAGUUCGACAAAGCUGUGCUCGUUGACAACAUUAAUAAAAUCCAGCCCAUCUACCGAGCUUUGAAGACGGCAAGAUUUGACGAGGCGAUCGAGUUUAUCAACAGCAAUAUUACCGACACCGCGGGUGGAAAACGAAAGACGGCGCCCAGUUUUGCAAUCGUCUUUACCGCAAAUAAUGACAACAGCUACGCCAUCCCAUCGACCGUCAACCUGACUUACUUCAACCAAGAUACCUAUACGGUUUUGGUGCUCGGGAUGGACAACCAGACGCUGCCCUGCUUUACCUUGGCUUUGGCGACAGAGGACCUCUACGCAUAUCAUACCCCGGUUGUCUCCUUCUUCUCGGACCUUCAACUAGCAAACCUAAACGCCAUCCGCGACAGCAAUAUCACAACCGAGGAUAUGGAUGCCGAUUUCACACUAGUCUUGGAUUUUGCGAACGUGGACGAGGCUGCGUUUGACCUGGUCCUCAACUACCUCAUUUCCUUCACCGAAAAGUUCUCAAUUGGCAUCUUCGACGCGCAAGUUUCGGCUCUUGCCUUUGGGGAGGAUAUUCACUACGAAUUCCCGUUCAAGGAUUGUCCAACCAGGGAUUGCCUAAAGGACAAGCUCGGCAACUGGACUUUACAGAAGGACUCGAACUCUAGUCUCUUAACAACCGUCCUCAACUACAUUGCACAAGAGCAGCUCACGAUUUCAGAUGGUUGGCGCCAAUCCAAAAGCUAUAUAAUGAUUUUCUCGGCCCAAGAUCGAAGCACGUGGGACUUUGAAACGAUGAAGCAAAUACGAGCAACCCUGCAACAGAAAAAUGUCUUUACUUACUACGUCGACAUCUCCGAUGGUACGCUGCCAGAAGAAUACCGACAACUUUUCGACGCAUAUGAAGCUGCAACCCCAGUUCUUUUGACAAAUGAUUCGAGCGUGGACCAACAGAUCGAGGGCAAAGUGACGACGGACUACAAAGAAUAUCGUUACCCGCCCCCAGUGCAGCUAAGCGAAGUAAUUGCUGAUUUGGCAUUUGUGGUCGAUGUGUCAGUCACAGGUGUGUUGGACUCGGUGAAAAUACUGCUGAAGUUCCUAGUUUCCGGGCUAUCGAUUGACAAAGGGCUCGCAAGGGUUUCCGUCCUACUCUACAAUGGUGAUGGCGUCCAAGACCAGAUACAUUUCAACGCCCACCAUAGCGCGGAAGCACUCCUAAUCGGCAUCGAUGCACUACAGCAACCCCCUCCAACGAAUGCCACGGAUUUCGGAGAGGCUUUGACCGUCCUAGAUGAAAAGAUACUCCAGAUGAUGAACGGCUACCGUGCAAAUCAGAGCUUUGUCACCUUGUUCGGCAAAAAUCCGAGCUCACUUGAUAACUAUGAAGAGGCCAUCGCAAAUCUGCAAAAUCGUCCCUACCUCAGUUUCUACGGUUUUUCCAUGACCGAUCAGUCGCAAGACGCGGGUGACGAUGUGUACGACAAUUUAAGGGCGGUGAUCCCGACGAUCAUGGCCGCAACCCAAAUUGUUCGCACGAAAAGUCUAGACCCGGAUUCGGGUGUCAUCGCCGGGGGAAAUGGAUAUGUUAACUAUAUUUUGAAUGUUUGGUCAGCUUACCAGGCGCAUCCCAGGAUACUUACCACGUUGUCACCAACAACUUCUACCAAAGGCACAACCAAGCUUCUGACGACGACCACGCCUCCACACACCUCUACCAAGACCACGCCGCGAGCCACAAGUACAAGGCCACCGACCGCUUCCACUGAGCCUUCCGCCGUCUCUCCGACAACUACUUUACCAUCCAGUACAUCCACUGAGUCAACUACUACCGUCACGACAACCACAUUGCUUCCGACUUCUUCAACCGAACCAACAACCACCGUUCCGACGACGACGACGUUGCCGCCCACGACUUCGACUGAGAUUACAACUACUCUAACCACGGCGAUACCCACUACUUCCGCGCAUGCCACCACCACGCUACCCUCAACGACGAUGUCAUCAUCCAGCACAUCAACUGAAGCCACUACGACCCAGCCCUCACCCACCAUGGCCCCUACCACCUCGACCGAGCCCACCACUACGGUUUCCACUGCAACCACCACCUCGGUGCAGUCAACCUACCCCACACCCAAUAGGAUCAAGGUCGACAUACUCUUCAUUUUCGACCAAACAUUUGCUAGUGGGUACGAUGCGCUGGAACUGAUCAAGAGCGUAAUGAGCAAAUUCGGUCACCAGUUUUUGAUCUCGAAGGACAUGGCUUCGCAGUGGGCUUGCGCGUGGACGGAUGGCUCGGAAUGGAAGGUGACAAGGAAUGGUUUCCAAUUCAACGACAUCGCUGAUGCGGAUGCGCUGCUCACUAGGAUAAGAGCGUGGGACGUAAUGGAGGAGCAGACGACUGAACUUUCGCUGGCCGCGGCUAUCUAUCAAGCGUCACAAAUGCUUACGAUCGAAAACGGAUGGAGGGCCGGCGACCCGACGCUAUUGGUGCUACUUACAGGAAAUGUGAUAAUCCCGGACUCGUGCAAUGAUGUCAGGGCAGCUGUGUCAACAUUGCCUGCUGAUAUCCUGAAAAUCAGUAUAUCGACCUUGGGCGACGCACAAUCGCUAACCUUGCAAUGCUUUUCCACUACCACAUGGAACCUCGACCUAAGGGCCCCGGAUGUGACAAUGGACUUGCUAGCGGAGUCCGCGUCGUCUGAAUAUGAGCGCCACCUGAAAAUCGACCUGACCGCUCCAAUCGCAGUAUUAGACGUAAAGCUUGAUGUGAUUUUUGUCAUUGAUCAGUGCGAGAUGACAGCACAGAUAUUUGAGAAUAUCAAAGCUUUCAUUAGCUAUUUUGUGGAAGACUAUGCUCUUUUGGAAAACCGCGCCGGAACCCAGUUUGCAGUGGCGAAUUAUGGAAGUGACCUGAAAAAUGAUUCAUUCGCUUUCCUGAAGAGCCAAAAUUCGAAUGAUCUCCAAAAAGCCAUAGCUGGACUGACGUACAUUCCUGGCGAGCAAGGAAAGCUGCUUUUCACCAGCUCGAUUCGUGCAAUAGCCGGGCUCACCCUCGAUGAAACACUGGGCCAUCCUAUUUACAAACCAGUGGCAGUCGUGGUUUUUGGUGCGAUCCAAUGGAUCUCUUACUUGGCGGAUCCUGAAAAUAUCGCCCGGGUCCCAGACGGCGAUUUUAAUUCAAUAGCCAACCUAAAGACGCGUAUUCGUGCUUUCCUUUCCAGAGCUUACCUUGCACAAAUUUCAAAAUUGCCGUUGCCAACUUCCGCCGUGAAUACCGAUGUGUUUUUCAUCGUCGACUAUUCCCAAGCACUUACCGACCUACAAAUAGUAAACGAAUUUAUGCUCAACAUGAUUAACAACUACAAUUUUGAAACCACAAAGUUUGGUGUGGUUUAUGCUGACACAAUUGUCCGACGGAUAAUAUUGCUGAAUCAAUAUCGAACAAAGAAUUUAUUGGAGAAGGCGCUGUUAACUACGUUGGAUCCUGGCCGCGCAGAUAAUUUUGAUAUUGAUCUCGCCUUUAAAUAUGUGGCUGACAACAUUACUCUUGGGACGGCUGGGUUUAGAAAUGGGGCCCUGGUGAUGGUGACGAUUGUCUCUUCCGAUUAUGAAAUACGCGCUGGAUGCCCAAAUACUAUGGGCGUGUUGCCAGAACAGACCGUGUUUUUUGUUGCUGCGACCAAGUCGGGAAGCGACUGGUAUAAAUGUGCAGCAUCCGGUAUCGGGAAUUCCACUUAUCUGCCCGGCUCUGGAUCCGCAUCGCGGCCGAAUCCUGCCGCGCAUCUGGCGGCCAACGGACCCGGAUUAGCGCAGGCGAUGCUUCAGCACACAUUGGCAAAAGCCGCCAAAAUCACAUGCAGCAAUCAACGGCCAGCUCCGAAGAAUCCGUUAACCAAUGCGAAGCAUAAAGACAUUUAUAUUAUCGCCGAUACAUCAGUAUUUGCUUAUGAUUUGGCAAAGAUAUUGCACAACUACUUUUUGCCCAACUUUUGGAGCGGCUACUCGUCCACGACCGGCGGAGUUUUUACCGAAAAUGGAGGGCAAAUGUUCAACACCGAGGAUGCCUUCAAGAGCAACGCGACUUUUCCGGUCGGAACCAGGAUGGAUUUUGACAUGAAAAAAGCGUUUGGCUACGCUUUUAACCGGAUCCCAAGCCCAGCCAUCUUCGCGGCACGAAUCCAGAUUGUUAUCGUAAUCAUGGCUUCUCCGAAAUUCACUCAGAUCCCUGGCGAACAAGUUGCCUUGAUGCAGGCGCGCUGCUCGGUAUUUGGGCUAAGUCUGCAGCAAAACCCGGAUCACCUGGCGGAAUUUGCGCGACUUGGCGCGGAUAUGUCCGGCACCUUCCAGCCGAUGAUCAUGGCCGGUGAGGUAGUGGAAAACGGCUACGAUACGGAUCUCUACCCACGCAUGGGCGGAUUCUCGGCUACAGUUGCCUACAGUCAGGGAUUCCCCACAUUAGAGCUGGAAGCAGACUGGGUCUUCGUCAUCCAGGUGUACAGCAACUCGAUGAACGACCGAAUUGUCAUGCUCCGCGAAAUUAUCGCAGCAUGGGGCAGGCGUUUCGGUAUUUUGCCCGCUCGCGCACGCAUUGGCGUCCUGGUAUAUGGAAAUACGGCAUCGCCCUCAUCGUUUACCCAGGAUGAGGCUGUAGAUCUGGUGGAACUAACACAGCGGUUGAACGGUCUGCAGACAGAUGUCUUUCCCGGAUGGAACCUAAGGAACGUCGUCAAUGAACUAAAGAAAUAUAGACAAGGCCGAAAAACGUUUUUCUACUUCCUUCUGGGCGGUUCCAUGGACGACGACUGCAGCCAACAAGAUAUUGUCAACCCGGCCCAAAACGAACUCCUUAGAGGAUGGGAUAUGACCGGAGCGGGGAGAGCUUCAUUGGAAUGCAUCGUUGGGACUAGGCUCUGGGCUUUCGCCCAAGACUCGGCCAAUAAUGCUGCCAUUGCUGAGCGUAUGCAGCAACAAGACGUCCAAGCAACGGAGCUGCCGCAUCCGCCAAUGGAAAUAUCACUGGCGUAUCAGAGUAUCGUCAUCUACUACGACCAGUCCUCUUUCUUGACAGCUGAAGCAUUUGCGGCGAUGAAAGAUUUCAUGCUGGUGUUGAUGGAUGCGGUGCCGAAGAUCUACAUUGACUAUCGCAUUCUCAUUUGUCCGCUAACAAAUACGGCAAACCCGUGUCGGGUCGUCGUCAACCCGUCGGACAUCACGGGCCUGCAGUUGCUGCAGGGCCGCUAUUACGUACUCUUCAGUUGCGGGAGUUCUUUCCUUUGCACGCCGCUCCAAAAAACUUCUGACAGCCCGACGACGACCUUUGUUUUCCUCUCAGCUUCGCCGGUGACCGAGGGCUACACCCCAGAUGUCGUCUGGGCGUUAAAGGGAGCUGGCAGCGUCUUCGCUAUAGAUUUCCUCAACCUUGGCGCUUCUGAGCGCUACUUACAAAGCAUAGUCAGCCAACCAAACUAUCUAUGGAGAGCCACGCCCGAGGUGAUGGAUGAUGCGGCCAAAUGGGCUAUACAGGCAAUUACGACAGAUUACGUAAAUCGAGACUACACAAUGAAACUUGUCGGCACCCCACAAGAUGUUCUCUUCAUCCUCGAAGCCAGCGCCGACGUCACGGAGGCCAUCUUCCACUCCCAAAUCAGCAUAGCGAUGGAAUUCAUUGAAAAGUACAGCGAGUCAUCCUUAAAAUUCGCCGUCUACUUUCCAAAUAUCGCCAACAACUGGACGGCCGACUUUAACGUGCGCGACAAAACCGCAUGGUUCGCGGGAUUGGAGUACUCUCCACAAUUGGCGGCCCCAUUCGAUUCUCGAGCCAUCAUGCUGUACGCCGUUAAAAAUCUGAUCGUACCGUCGGCUGGCUAUCGAGGCGCUUCCUUUUCACUCGUAAUCCUAGCGGCCGGAAGCGGAGAAACACCAGAUCUUUGUAACAAGCUCUACUAUGAGAACACGGGCAUCUUUAACUAUUUGCCAUCCGGGACCCUGUGGGGCGACUGCGCAACCUCUCGCGAAGCCAUGGCCCAGGUUCCGGUCGACAACGACAUCGAGAAGCUCGACAGCACUUUCCAGACGAUUCUGGCGCGAGCAAACUACGAAUAUUUUCGGAAACUGCGCGCUCGAUCAGAUAUAUCGAUGACCAAUACUGCAGUUGAUGUGAUCUUUGUAAUUGAUGUAAACAACGGCGUGGACGAGAAUACAUACUUACGCCCGUGUAUGCAGUACGUGGUAGGAUUGACGUAUAAUAUGACAAUCGGCGCCCAAUACACACGAUUCGGAGCUGUACUCGCCGCCAGCCAGCCGAUCCUUGCCUGGGAUCCGGCCGUGUCGAAGAAUCAAGAUGACCUCGCCAACACCGCCAUCCAA